AUGCGGAAGAUGGGAGCUUUGUGCUUGCAAGGAUGGGUGACCUUGGGCGAAGUCGCGCGUCAUGCCAACCUGGAGGCAGGAAAGCUGCAGAAGAUGGUCUGGAAAGUUUGCAAGACCACAGGCGCUCGAAUCCCGAGGACAGAGCAGAACGCAGAAGCGGCUCUAUCUCGCAUCUGCGAUCACUUCAAUGUCAAGCAGAAAGGAGGCGUUAGCGCUUUUGGCGUCAAGCUUGUUGCCAUCUCAAGUCAAGGCUGGAUUUGCACUGGCCGUAAGUGGGCCUUUGUGCUUGCGGCAGCCUUCGUCUUGGCCGCACGGGCAUACUUCUACGAAUUGGACGCCGAAGAUGUGGCCGACUUCCUUUACAUUGGGGUUGGGACGGUGAAGACGCGCAUGCAGGAGAUGAAGGACCUCAUACUUUCUGUAAUGAUGCAUCUGCCGUGGGGCCACAUGAUCACAUCCGACAACGUGCAUGUGUAUCUCCCGUUUGCCCUAGAGCAUUGGGAGCUGCUCCGGUCCUGUGCCCCACGGCUCCGGCGGCAGCAGCUGGACCUGCAAGAGCAAAGACAGCAGGCUCUGAAGCAGCUGGAAGGCCUGGACGCGGAUUCCGAGAAGCCUCCUACUUCUGCUUCGCCGAGCACCGACCGGAUGCCAAAGAGGGCGCUUGAAUGGGAGCUUGCCAGAGUAGGGUUGGUGAGGGUAGCCAAGCAGGAUGUCGAUCCCAGCGCCGAGCGCUCGGUCCGCCUGGCAGCUUUGGAUGCCCUCCGGACAGUUGCAGGAGAAGGAGCGGGGAAGCUGCCCGAGCCCAAGGCGGCCCAAGGUGAACCAGAGCCUCUGAAGGUUGUUCAGGAGGCCGCCGCCGAGCUUCUCGAAACCCUCGACCUCACGGACUACCCGGAGACCAAGGAACCGGACACUGGGGAGGAGGCGAAGCUCAUGGGUGUCAUGGCCUGUGUUGCAGUUGUCAGUGCGACAGGCGGCGAUCACGCAGACCUGGCUGGGAGUGGCAAGGAUGCAGUCGGGUUUCUAUGCCGCACUACGGAGAGGAAAAUCGAGCACGUGACAAUGACCGAAGAGCAGGCCGAGCUGCGACCGACCUUCACGGGAGCUCGAGACGGAACAUGGCACCUCGGCUGCCGUGAUGCUUUGCUUGAGUUCAAGGAGGCUGCUGCCAUCGCUGCCGUCGCGGAGCUCCGUGAGUUUCAAAUGAAGCAGUGCUUGCAGGACCCCAUCUUCGCGAUGUCGAAAGGAGGACGGCAAAUGGGCGUUUUCCUGGACGGCCUUCAGGUGACCUUCGUUUGCCCUGGAAGCUUGGCAUCGGAAGCUCUUGGAUCUGUCGCUGCGGAGGCGAGGUCAGAAGUUUGGAGGAUCUCUCGAGCUGAGAGGGCGUUGAGAUCAGGAAAUAUGUUCGAAGUUUGCAACCUUACUUCAAGUGAUGGUGACUUCUUCUGGUUAUUCUGGUUGCAGGCUGGUCUGCUUGCUGGGGACAGAUUCUGCAAGAUGGAUGAUUCGGAGAUCAUGUUUCAGGAGGACCACUGA